AUGGCUGAUAAGCAGACAAGUAAGGGUAGUGAUACACCUGAACGAAGGAAAAGGAAAGCCAUAAAUUUUGAAAUGAAAUUAGACAUAUUAAAGCGUGCAGAGAAAGGAGAAACACAGUCACAGAUUGGAUAUGCGUUUGGUUUAAAUCGUUCCACAAUUGCUACAAUCAUCAAAGACAAAGCCAGAAUUUUGGAACAUGUGAAGGGAUCUGCGCUCAUGCAUUCAACCAUAAUAACAAAAAAAAGAAGUGGCAUCAUUUCCGACAUGGAAAAAUUGUUGAUUUUGUGGCUUGAAGAUCAGCAUCAGCGUAAAGUGCCUGUUAGCGUUAUGUUGAUUCAAGAGAAGGCUCUUAGUCUUUAUAAAGACUUGAAAAAAAACCUAGGUGAAAAUGCUAGGGAUGUAGAACCAUUUGUGGCAAGUCGUGGGUGGUUUAACAGGUUUAAAGCUAGAGCAAAUUUACAUAACAUUAAGGUGAGUGGGGAAGCUGCUAGUGCUGAUGAAAAAGCAGCCUCUGCCUUUCUUGAGACAUUUGCUGCUACAAUUAAGGAGGGAAACUACAGUGCUCAUCAAGUGUUUAAUGUUGAGGAGACUGAACUGUUCUGGAAAAAGAUGCCUGAGAGAACCUACAUCUCCAAGGAAGAAAAAACUAUGCCUGGCUUUAAAGCUGCAAAAGAUCACUUAAUUCUUUUGCUUGGAGGGAAUGCUGCUGGGGAUUUUAAGAUUAAGCCACUCCUAGUUUACCAUUCUGAGACCCCUAGAGCAUUUAAGGGUGUAACAAAAGCUGCUCUGCCUGUUGUAUGGAAGUCCAGUCACAAGGCUUGGGUAACUUUGGUGAUUUUUGAAGAUUGGUUCUUUCACCAUUUUGUGCCUGAAGUUAAAUUGUAUUGUGCCAAAAAUAAUAUUCCCUUCAGAAUUUUGCUUGUGUUAAACCAUGCACCAGGGCACCCAGUUUCCCUGGAUGAUUUUCAUCCUGACAUCAAGGUUGUGUUUAUACCUCCUAACACAUCCUCCUUGUUGCAGCCAAUGGACCAAGGAGCUACAAGGUUAUUUAAGGCUUAUUAUACCCGUAGAAUCUUUGCCCAAGCAAUUAAGACUAUAAAAGGGGAAGAAGCUUCUACCUUCAAAGAUUUCUGGAGGGGUUACAACAUGUAUGCUGCAGUAAAGAACAUUGGGGAGUCUUGGCAUGAAGUCAUGCAGACCAGCAUCAAUAGGAUUUGGAAAAAACUUUACCCUCAGUUUGUUAAUGAUUUUAAGGGAUUUGAGGAAACUCUGAAAAAUGUUAUUGAAAAUAUAAUUGAGAUGGGAAAGGAACUUGAUUUUGAUCUGGAGGUGUAUGAUGUGGAGGAGUUGUUGGACUCACAUGCAGAAGAUCUCUCUAAUGAUGAUCUUGUGCACUUAGAGGCACAAAAGGUUGCAGAAGAGGAAGCUGCAGCUCUGUGGGCAGACACGCCCCCAUCCAAAAGAUUCACAGUUAAAAAAAUGUCUGAGGCCUUUCAGAUGAUUGAGGGGGCUAUGGCACUGUUUGAGGAACAAGACCCCAACUCUUUUCGAUUUGCCUCAGUCUCCAGAGCUGUGAGAAAUGCCCUCACAUGUUACAGAGAAAUUUACCUAGAGAAAAAGGUACCUGAUUUUAAAGGAACUAGUGCCAUCAGCCUCUAA